CCUUGUGACCGACACCCGGGGUUGACAAAGUUGUUCUGCAGAUCAGAAAGAAGGGGGUUUCUGGUCACACGCCAGUACCACUGAGGACAGUUUUUCAACAAGAUCUGUUGUGUAAAGCAAUAAAAAUGGCCAGAGGCUCAGUGUCCGACGAAGAAAUGAUGGAGCUCAGAGAAGCUUUUGCCAAAGUUGAUACCGACGGCAAUGGGUACAUCAGCUGCAAUGAAUUGAAUGACUUGUUCAAGGCUGCUUGCUUGCCUCUGCCUGGGUACAAAGUGAGAGAAAUUACAGAAAACCUCAUGGCUACAGGUGACCUAGACCAGGAUGGGAGGAUCAGCUUUGAUGAGUUUAUCAAGGUUUUCCAUGGCCUGAAAAGCACAGAUGUUGCCAAGACCUUUAGGAAGGCAAUCAAUAAGAAGGAAGGCAUCUGUGCGAUUGGUGGUACUUCGGAGCAGUCCAGCGUGGGCACCCAGCACUCAUAUUCAGAGGAAGAGAAGUAUGCCUUUGUCAACUGGAUAAACAAAGCUCUGGAAAAUGACCCCGACUGUCGACAUGUCAUCCCAAUGAAUCCAAACACAAAUGAUCUCUUCAAUGCCGUUGGGGAUGGCAUUGUCCUUUGUAAAAUGAUCAACCUGUCAGUGCCAGACACAAUUGACGAAAGAACAAUCAACAAAAAGAAACUCACCCCCUUCACCAUUCAGGAGAAUUUGAACCUGGCUCUGAAUUCUGCCUCAGCCAUUGGAUGCCACGUGGUUAACAUCGGGGCUGAGGACUUGAAGGAGGGGAAGCCCUACCUGGUCCUGGGACUUUUGUGGCAGGUCAUCAAGAUUGGGUUGUUUGCUGACAUUGAGCUCAGCAGAAAUGAAGCUCUGAUUGCCCUUUUGAGAGAAGGGGAGAGUCUGGAAGACUUGAUGAAACUCUCCCCCGAGGAGCUCCUGCUGAGGUGGGCUAAUUACCACCUGGAGAAUGCAGGCUGCAACAAGAUCAACAACUUCAGCACGGACAUCAAGGACUCCAAAGCUUAUUACCACCUGCUUGAACAGGUGGCUCCGAAAGGAGAUGAAGAAGGCAUUCCUGCUGUCGUUAUCGACAUGUCAGGACUCAGGGAGAAGGACGACAUCCAGAGAGCAGAGUGCAUGCUGCAGCAGGCAGAGAGGCUGGGCUGCCGGCAAUUUGUCACAGCCACAGAUGUUGUUCGAGGCAACCCCAAGUUGAACUUGGCUUUCAUUGCCAACCUCUUUAACAGAUACCCUGCCCUGCACAAACCAGAGAACCAGGACAUCGACUGGGGGGCUCUUGAAGGUGAGACGAGAGAAGAACGGACAUUUAGGAACUGGAUGAAUUCCUUGGGCGUUAACCCUCGAGUCAAUCAUUUGUACAGUGACUUAUCAGAUGCCCUGGUCAUCUUCCAGCUCUAUGAAAAGAUUAAAGUCCCUGUUGAUUGGAACAGAGUAAACAAACCACCAUACCCCAAACUGGGAGGCAACAUGAAGAAGCUUGAGAAUUGUAACUACGCAGUGGAGCUGGGGAAGAAUCAAGCUAAGUUUUCUCUGGUUGGCAUCGGUGGACAAGAUCUCAAUGAAGGAAAUCGUACUCUAACAUUAGCCUUGAUAUGGCAGUUAAUGAGAAGGUACACACUGAAUAUUCUUGAAGAAAUUGGAGGCGGGCAGAAGGUCAAUGAUGACAUUAUUGUCAACUGGGUGAAUGAAACAUUGAAGGAAGCGGAGAAAAGUUCAUCCAUCUCCAGUUUCAAGGACCCGAAGAUUAGCACAAGUCUGCCUGUUCUGGAUCUCAUUGAUGCCAUUCAACCAGGUUCCAUUAACUAUGACCUUCUGAAGACGGAAAACCUGAAUGAUGAAGAAAAACUCAACAAUGCAAAGUAUGCCAUCUCUAUGGCCCGAAAAAUCGGAGCGAGAGUGUAUGCCCUUCCAGAAGACCUGGUUGAAGUGAAUCCCAAAAUGGUCAUGACAGUGUUUGCUUGCCUCAUGGGGAAAGGAAUGAAGAAGGUGUAAGGCCCAGAGGGGAGGUGACGCACACAUUCCUGAUUGCUGAGUACGGGGUACCUGUAAGAAGCAGGGGGACGAUUCAAGCCAUUCCAAAGUUUUCAACUUGGUGACAUGAUAGAGGAUUCCAAAAGUGUAUAUUUGUUCAGUCAGGUAUCCUGUCCUGUAUUUAAAGGAAAUGCUUAAUUCUUUGCAAAAAAAGAAAAACCCAACCUCUUACAAAUAUUUUUUUAUUAUUGAAUUUAUUGCUUCUUUGAAAAUCUAGAGAAAAAAACUUAUCUUCUAGUCAUCCUUCAUGCUUUUGCUAUUAGUCACAUAGAGAAGCUGCAGUGUUAUUAAUUUUAACAAUACUUCAAACUGGCUUAAUUUGGCUGCUUUUUUUGUUCAAGGUGAGAACCAGGAGGGGGGAAGUCAUCAAACCAGUCCAUAAAGUCUGUUUCUGGAAGCCAGCAUUUGAUCUGUUACAAGCCUCACCCUCCGUUCCCUUUCUCCUACACUCUGUCUCCUCUCGCUUUGCUCUACACUCUUUCCAAACCACGCCUUCUCCAUGGCCUGCCUUUGCUGCCCAUCCUCAUGUCUGGGCCAUUUGGAGCAUCUGACAAACCAGUCAGGCAGUUGGGGGGGGCGGGGGGAGCGGGGUCUCAAGAGUCUCUGGAGACCUGCAGAAGUAAAACAUCAUCAGAACCUUUCCUCAGAACUAGAGUCCCAAAUGUCGUAAGUUUUGGUUUUGCUAACCAAUAGGAAGCUUCUGGUUUUAACUCUAGAAUUUGGGCUCACACCGGGUCUAACAUCUUCAAUACUGUGCCUUCAGAAAGACUGUUAACUCUGUAUAGACAGGUUACAUCCAAGGAGGGUGUAAUUGAGCAUGAAACCACUAGGGGGAAGUGUAGAGCCAUAGCAAAGCCUCUAUCCCCACCCACAGAGGUGCUGCCUGUGGUAUGGCUAACUAUUCAGCUCUGCUCUCAUUUGCUCUUAGAUCUUAGUGUAUCUGAUUGCUGCAAGGCCAUACUAUCAACGUUUACUUUUUUGGUACUGUAGAAACUUUUUGCCACCCCCAAGCUCAAGGGGCCAAUAUGUGCCAAUGAACAGCGCCAUCCUCUGCUCAGGAUGUGACAUUUAAAGAAUUCUGAAACAAAACCAGAGGAACGGUGUGAAUUUGAGCAGCCCUAAUAGAUUAUACAAUUUCCAUGAAAAAAUACUGAAGGCUAAAAAGGCACAGAGUACUGUGAACCAACACUAGAGUCCCUCCAUCAUGGUGAAAAGGCUCAUCACCGAGGUAUCUUCAUUAUGGAAUGGCAUGUCACGGAACUUAGCCAUUUUUCAAAGCAAUUGAAAUGCUUCACCCCUGGAUCUGUUCCUUGGCAGCGGGUUGAGAAGCCAAUAUGUGGCUUCUCCCAGCCCAUAAUCUCUAUUUCUGCUGCAUCUGAACACAAAGUGGUUGGCUUUAUCUUUGACUGAACUUAAUGUAGCCUCAGAUGAUUCUCCCCCACCUGCCACCAGGAAGAUUGUUACUGCCUUAAUGGAAAAUGAAGAUAAAAUAAUGAUCAAGUUCUCUCCAAAUAAAAUGUUCCUUUUAUUAGA